AUUACGCAAUCGCAAUAACUGCAUGUAGAAGGAGUAUUGACGAACUGCAAUGCUUAUAAUACUGUACAUCUCUAACAUUUUGAAAAAUGACAAAUUUGCGGGAAUUUUUGACAGUUGUCAAUAAAAACAUCGUGAGUUGUGGAUUUCGUUUCGUAUCAGUUUAAUUCAUUGAUUUUUCAAGCUUUUCUUUAAUGAAAUAGUAUAUUGUUUUUGUCAAAAGUGUAAUAAAGAAAACGGUGCGUUCCAUUGGUGAGUUAACAAUUGUAAAAGUCGGUGGCAGCAGAAGUACAUUGUUCAUUUAACAUGGCGCUGUGUAACGACAUGUGCGGGUGAUAACGCUCGUCCUUUGUCGUGCUAGUUUUCUAUUUUGAGUGUAAAACAUUUGUGUUGUUAAUGAUUUACGAGUUGCGUGUGUUUGUAACGUCGUAGGGCUGUUACAUAACGGAUUUUGGGUCUUGUAUGUAAAGUUACGACACAGCUACUGCAAUGGUGAAAACCCGUCGCAGUAAUGGAGAAAACGGGGAGGUUGACGAUGGGAAUUACGCUAUGAACGACGUGGGCAUCGUUUCCAAUGAGAAGACGCCUAAGCCGUCCAAUUGGACACCCCGAGAGUUGAGGAGCAGCCAGUAUAAAGUGACCCGGAAGAUACAACGCUGGCCUACUAAAUAUAGCCGCCGCCUACGAACAAUUAAAAUGCCUCGGAUCGUGUUCCCCGAAAGCGAUACAGAACCUGAAAAAUAUUCAAGGAGAUCCAGACAAGUACGCGUGUUCUUUGCCGACGACAAUGAUUCAACUAACAGAAGCGUGAAGAUACGCCGCAGUCGCGGGCCGCGGAAGAAUUACAUGGAAGAUAGUGAAGACAAGCCGAUACAAGAGAAUGUUAGGCGAAGCUGUCGUAAACGCAAGCUCCUACACCACAAUUUCAACGAGAGCUGGAUCACCAACGAGCUGAAAGUGAAGGGCUAUCCCGACCUGUACGGCUUUCCCGGCUCUAGCUCGUCCGACGAAUUCUCUUCGGCUGACGAGGCCAGAGUCGCUAGCAAGAAACUGACCCGUAGUCAUCCUCCUACCAACACAGAUGAAGACACCCAACUGUCGCGACAGAGAAGAACGUCAGCUAGAUUCAACAAUAAGAAAACUAAUGAUGCAACAGAAUCAGAUUCAGAUGAGGACAACAAUCAAACAGUCAUUGAGAAGAAACCUACAGAAGAGAACACGAAAGAAGAUGAGAAGAUGGAGGUAGAAGUUCCCGCGAAAGAUAAAGAGGAUGACAAGGAAGUUAAGCAGGAGGAUCAGCAGCCCGUACAGGGACAGGAUAGCGAAAGUAAUCAAGCCCUGACUAGGAGUAGAAGGAAGGCAGCUCGCGGCAAACCUAAGAAGGAUGAUAGUCAACAAGAAACAGAGUCGUCAUCAUCGGAGUCAGGCAGUGAGCUGACUCUCAGCCGUCAGCCGCGCCGCUCCAAGCGCACGCGCAAGCCCAAACCCGCCUUCGUGCAGAUCGCGCAAGACGAGAACCGAUCCAGAGCAAAAACAUUCACAAUCAGAAAGAAGCCAUACUGUCUAAGAGAGAGGAAGCCAAACAUUUUGCGCAGAAAGACAAUCAGAUCACAAUCACCGUCCAGUUCUACUAGCAGUAGUACAUCAAGUUCAGAUACUGAGGAAGAUCUUAAUGUGUCUAUGAAAAACAAGACUAAGGGCAGACAAAAGUCAAAAUCAACAGAUGAUAAGAAGAACGACAAAGCAUUGAGAGACAUACAACCUGUUGAAGUCGACGGUAGCGUCAGAUUCACUUCGGUCGGAGGCUUAGAAGAGCACAUAAAAUGCCUACGAGAAAUGGUGCUCUUUCCUCUAAUGUACCCAGAUUUAUUCCAAAAAUUCAAGACUCGACCAGCCAAAGGUGUCUUGUUCCACGGCCCACCCGGUACGGGGAAGACAUUGCUAGCCCGAGCCUUAGCUAACGAAUGCUCGUUGGUUGGGGGAAGGAAAGUGGCUUUCUUCAUGAGGAAGGGAGCGGAUUGCUUGAAGAAGUGGGUCGGAGAGAGUGAGAGACAUCUCAAGCUGCUGUUCCAACAGGCGAACAAAAUGAAGCCGUCCAUAAUAUUCUUCGACGAGAUCGACGCCCUAGCGCCGGUCCGCAGCGUGCGACAGGAGCAGGUGCACACCAGCGUCGUCGGCACACUGCUCGCCGAGAUGGACGGCCUGUGUGACCGAGGCGAAGUGGUGAUAAUCGGCGCGACGAAUCGUCUAGACGCCGUGGACCCGGCGUUACGCCGCGCGGGCCGGUUCGACCGCGAGCUACACUUCCCGCCCCCCCACGCGGCCGCAAGGAGAGAUAUACUCGAUAUAUACACGAAGGAGUGGCAGCCGAGACCUAGUGAAGAUACGCUGGAUUAUCUGGCUGAAGUGACGGGAGGUUAUGGAGGUUCGGACCUUAAAGCGCUGUGUUCAGAAGCAGUGCUGAAAGCGCUGCGGAGGGUAUACCCACAAGUGUACGAAAGUGAACACGCGUUGCUCAUCGAUGCUAAGAAUGUGGAAGUAACCCGUCGAGAUCUCCUAGAAGCGAUGCAUUCACUGGUAGCGGCAGGAGCCCGCACCGCCCCGCUAGCCGCCCGACGCCUGCCCGCACACUGCGUGCCGCUGCUGCAGGCGCAAGUGCAGGCCGCCUACAGUCUGCUGCAGAACGUGUUCCCGCUCACCAGCGUCACUGAGAGGCGGAUCUGCGAGCCAUCUCUCUCACAGAGCGUCCUACUGAUCACGGGAGAAUGCGCGGAAACACACAUAGCGCCGGCUUUACUUGCCCAGUUGGAACACUGCACUGUGAAGGAGUUGAGCAUGUCUACGCUGCACUCCGCGCAUACAUUUACACAGGAACAAGCUUUAAUAUCGGUAUUUUCGGAAUGUCGUCGUGCAGACCGCGGCUGCGUACUCUUCAUACGCGACGUCACAUUAGUGUGGGCGACACUUUCCACAUUACUGCGACAGCUGUGUCGAGCUCGGGCUGCCGGGGACAACACGUUACUGCUCGCUACUGCUGACUGCCCGCAUGACCAGCUGCCUAUAGAGUUACAAGACCUAUUCCCCGUCUACAAGGACUGCGUGUACAGGGUGCGUGAACCUAACGCGUCGGAAGUGAUCAGCUUCUUAAAGCCGGUGCUAGCUGACGCGUUGUUAGACCCGCCGCCCGUUGAGAGUAACGAGCCGCCGCCUCCGUUGCCUAGAGCUCCCCCACCCCCACCGCCGCGGGAGACAGCAGAAGAAGUAACUCGGCGCAAGCGCAAGGAGGACUACAAGCUGCGCGAGCUGAGGAUAUUUCUGCGAGACAUCUGCCGCAAGCUCGCGUCUAACCGGCGCUUCUAUAAGUUCACUAAACCUGUGGAUUUGGAGGAGGUAACAGACUACCUAGACAUAGUAACUCAGCCGAUGGACUUGGAAACAAUGAUGACGAAAGUCGACAUGCACAAGUAUAACUGUGCGAAGGAGUUCCUUGAUGAUAUCGACCUCAUUUGUGCGAACGCACUUGAGUAUAAUCCUGACAGGGCUAGAGGGAUGUAUAGAACGUCAUCAGACAAGCAGAUACGUCACGAGGCGUGUUCGUUACGUGAUCACGCGCAUGCGCUCAUUGACGUGGAAAUGGAUAGCGACUUCGAGUUGGAAUGCCAGGAGAUUGCUAAGAGAAGACAGGAGGAAGGCAAUAUGGCUGAUAACGAUCUGCCCGAUUUUAUUUGUACGGCUUCUAAUUUACAUCACUUCGACUCUAUAGUGAGUGAAAAGUCGCGGACGCCACAGAACGGCGACAAGAGCGAUCCUCACUCCGCCAAGCGCAAGCGCAGACGGAUGAACGCCUGGUCGAAGGGACUGGUUGUGAAACGAGCUAAGACUUCUAAGAACUUCAAAGACUCAAGCAUGGCGAUAACAGACGAGGAAUCCAAAGAGAACAAGCCUAUCACAUCGACUCCUCUCCCUAACGGUGAGGUGUCCACGUCGUCUGCGUCGGACGACGACGCCCCGCUGCGUCGCCCUCAAGAUAACGAUACCAUGUUCAAUAUUAGUGCUCAGAGUGUCGUUAAUAAUCAUGUUUUAGAAAGUCCUACGAAGUCAUCAGAAAAAACGCCGUCAAAGACAUCACCAAAGAAGAGGAAUUCAGGUCACGAUCAUUCGAGCGGAGACACGGAGAAAGUACUGAUAAACAAGACUGAGUUAGAUAACGUUGUAUAUAAGAACGCGAAGUCAUUACGAAUGAUCGGGCUCGAAGCUCUCUUAGACUUGCACGCACAAAUGUCACACGUCGUCCACACGUAUUCCACAAAGUACGACAGAACCAAGUUACCGCAGGAACUUCACGCUACUGUCACAAGGUACUUGCAACACGCGAAGAAAUGAACAUCAUGUAUAAUUGGCAGGACUUGGAAAUUGUAAGUUAAAAAGUUAAGUUUGUGCUAAGCCUGGAUAAAUGUACAAAUGAGGUCCGAAGGCGUAGAGUAGUGUUGUUCAUCUGAAUGUUCGAGGAUGAUUUGAAAAAAGAACAAUUUUUUAUUGUUUUUUCGUUAGGUUUUUGUUUUUAUUAUGACGUAGGACUAGAGGCGUUGUUGAGAAGGACUCGCUUAGAUAUAGGCUCGUUUACACUAGUUCGGGUAACUUUGAACAGUGGUCGUCAAACGAUUCUGUGUUUGCAAGGGAACUCGACCUAGUGUGAACGAAGCAUGGCAGGUUGUGAACACAUCUUAUGACCGAGCGAGAUUUAUUUAUAUUGAAUACGAAUAGUAACAUUGCUUUUUGCGGCAGCAGCUUUGACUUUUUGAGCAAAAAAAAAAACAAUGAUUUUUUGUUUAAAAUUACACCAAGGUUGUUUACGCAAUACUGUAACAUCGAAAUGGUUAUUGGUAUCGAUAAAUUUUAAGCGAUAUCUUGACAUUUUAUCGAUAAUAAUCGGUAGGAUUUCUAGUAUCGGUUUACCAUUAGUAUUAACUGCCAUCAGUAUAGUUCGUAGAUGGAUCGAAAUUUGGAAUAUCACAUUCCAUAUUUUUACGAAUUUGAUCAUAUCUUAAGCGCCCCGUUUACCUAAAGAAUUGGGAACAUUGCAUGCAUAAUUUAUUUAGAGAAUUGGCUUGAAAACAUGUUACAAAAAGGAUUCGUAUCAUCUCUAUUUAGUCAUUGAGAUAUUCAAAAUUUUAAGUGAAACCUCUUUCGUUAUAAUGUAGACGCGGCGCUUAAAGGUGGGUACAGACAUACUGUUCACAUCACCAAUUACUGCACUUUACAUACACAGUUCUACAGUAUGUAUGUGCCCACCCUAACUUCGAUAUAUAAUUAAGACGAGUGUUGUGGUCCUGUAAUACGGACAUUUACCGAUCACUGCCUAAAUGGCUUUGCGAUUAUAUUAUAAUUAUUAAAAUGCAUUUCUCAACUAAUCAAAUCGGACACCGAUAAAUUAUCGGACCGAUUUACACACUAUCGGAUGUCCGAUUGAAGGAUUGGAGAAACGCUCUGAGUGUGGUUGAUGUGUGACGGGCGAUGCAAAUCUGACGAAAAUCUAUCCAAUGUUAGUUAAAAAGGAACUUUGUGUCAUGAGUAUAAGGUUGAGAAUUGAACUGAAAAAAUAAACGAUAGUCAUUGGGUUUUGUGAACAAAUUUUAAUCCUAUGUAUUACGUAAUACGGUUGUAUUUUGGAUGCAUGUUUCGACAGAUUUGUGACGUCCAAAUAAUAGUCGAAUAUUAACCAUUCCUAAUGAGCCAAAUUGUGAGUGAGAUUAUCAAUAUUUAAUGUCUGAUUGAAAUGUUAUUGGUUUCGAUAGAUUUUUCUGAUAAAAUAUAUAUACGAAAGUAAAAGUGGUUAUUACUAAGAUUUUUAUACUGCUAAAACUUUUCUUGCCUGAAAAACUGAAUACAACGCCAUCUGUCGUCUAGAUAUUGAACAUGGAUCAGUAUUAAUUGCUUAUCAUUAUCAUGCCAAUUAUCUUGCAUUUUAUACUCUAGUGUUACAUUUAGAACAAUUAUAAUUAGUAAUACAUUAAAAAAAUAUAUUAUUGCAUAUCUUUUUUAUCACUGCCAUUUUAUUCGUACUUAAUCGUCAUGUUUACAUCUAUUGGACAAAAGAUGGCGUUGUUCUCAGUGAUUGAAAACUUCUAGGUAAAUUCACUUUGGAUGAGAGCAAUUUCUUCUGAUUACGGACUGAAAAGAUGAGCAUAUGCAGUCAUUUUCAGCAUUGUUUCUAAUAGCAUUUCAAUGAGACGCCUAGGUUAGGUUUAAAACUAAACAAGUAAAAGCCCGCUGGUCUGUGAUAUGUACAGAAGGUUUAUAUAACAUGUAUAUACGUCACUAUAUGCUUCGUGUCCGAUAGAUGCGCGCUUUACUACAUACUAAGAUUGAACCACCCGGGCCUAUUCGACUGGUCCAGAACAAAUCUAUAAAGUGUUAUAAAACUAGAAAUAUAUCUGUGUAUUUAAGACAUAUAGUAAUUAUAAAAACCGACUUCAAAUUGCUCAUGCAAAGCCUUACAAUAUUAAUAAAAUGUGUGUGCACAAAAAUAGUCGUAAUUUUAUUGUUUAAUCAUACAAACAGCCAAUCGAAUAGGUCGCGUGUUUCAAUACAAAACUCCUAUUAAAAUAAAUUAUUGAGAAUAAAAUUCAUAGUCCUAUAUAAUAAUCCUUCUCCGUGUGAGAGGAGGCCUGUGCCCAGCAGUGGGACGAUAAAUAGGCUGUAACUACUAACUACUAAAAUUCAUAGUCCGUUAGUACCCAAAAUUAUAAACAAUUUGGCUUUUUAGGUGUGAAAUUAAGAAAGAAAAAAAAAACUAAAUUUAUGCACUGAUUUGCGAGUUUUAAAAAUAGAUUUACCAAAUAAGCUGAACUAACGUAUCUUGCUUACUUUAGGAUAAGGUUGUACUAACAUUAACGUAACUUAAGAUACAUUUUUUCAUUCACGUUUAAUUAAUUUUAUAUUUAAAUUAUUAUUGGUUUAUCUGUGACGUUAUUGUGGAAUUGUGUCCGAGUUGGGCGAUAUUGGAAUGUUUGAAAUAAUCGGAGUAUUGAUGUUGUUUAGAUAGCAAAUGUUUAGAUGUAAUGUUAUGGAUGUAUUGUAUAGACAUUAUCUCGUGUUUGGAGAGUCAUUGAUUCGCAAGGUACAAAACCGUCUAUUUCAAUUAAGGUAUUAUUCUAAUAGAUCAAAAAGUCACAUUGUAGUCAGAUAUUGAAUCUCUUCGGAGGUAUAUUCAACAUCUUAACAACAUGUAAGGUCGAUCUAUUAGGUUGAUACAAUUAUUAAGACGUAUGUUGUUGUAAGUCUGUCUAGUUUGAAGUUAUAAUAAACGUUUACUACUUAAACGAUAACAAAUUGGAUUAAUUGAGUAAAUAAAAUGUGUAACGAAUUGUGGUACGAUUUGAUUUGCACACUACAGUUAUAAAGUUUAGAGAAAAGUAAACUUUAAGUACUUCGCAAUAAGGUUUAGAAUUGAGUGUGCAAAUCAGAUUCUGCCGAAAGACAGGGAAAUGAUUAGAAAAUGAUAAGACGUAAAUACGAUCAUAAACGUAAGAGAAUAUUUCAUGAUUAUAAAUCUUAAUCGAAUUGGUAUGUACGAAAUUGGCCCUUAUUUAUAUGGCAUUAGGUUUCAAAACUGCAGUUACAAUUUUAUCAAUUCGAAUGUUUGUUUCACAAAAUAUUGUGUACCUAUUUGCAUGCAUUUGUUGCUCUAUAUUAUAAAUUCUGAUUUUAUUAGUAUGAUGCAGAUUUUAGCUUUAUUUUACUGAUACUGCAGUUUUAAGCCUUUUUAAAAACUUGGAAGCCUCCUUAUUUAUAAGUAUGCACUAAGUAUGAUCGAUGUUUAUUUUAUUAUUUACCUACAGUAAAGGGAUACAGUUUAAAAACUCUUAUUUAUGCAGUAUUUUUUAUUAACAAUAAAAUGAUUAUUUUAUAUAAUAAAAUUGAUUGGUGAACCGAAUUGAAAAGUUUUAAUGCCACAUGAUUUAUAAUUAAGGAGGCAAUUUUAUAAUUGGUUUUUAGUACUUAAAAAUACUUCAAUUAUAUUUACUUACGUAUUUAUGUAACAUUUCUUCAGUAAUGUAUUUAUGAUAAAAUUUAAAUAGUAUUUAUCGAAUAAUUGAUACAAAGCCGUGUGAUAUUGAUGGAAUAAACAGCAUAUAGUUGAUAUGUUAGACAAAAUAGUUACCUCAAAACUCCGUACCCCGUUUACUUCUUGACAUUGAAAAGGGCGUAAGUGUCAUUGACCCUAAUGGUUCUUACGUCGUUUUAAGUCGAAGAAGUGUGCAAUUUUUUACUGGUCAAGAUAAUAUUGUAAAGAGGUUGUUAAUGUAAGUAAAAGGGGUGGUAUUAUUAGUUUGAUCUGUGACCUAAAGUAAUGUUAUAUGGUUGAUUUGCGUGUCAAAAAGCUGUUAGGUAUGGAGAUACCAAGCCAGUUGUACAGUUGGCCAAAUGGGAACUAACAUGUGACUGACAUUUCUGUCACUACUCCCAGAUACCCAGUGUAACGCAGGUGUACCUUAUACAAUUCAGUUACAAAGUUCUUGUAAUACCAUAUUGAAAAUGUAGGCUUGUGACGUCACAUGUCAUGCUGGCUAUACGCACCUUCUAAAUGCGUUCAAUGAACGUGCCUCCAUAAUUGGUGAUAAAAAAACUCGAAUACUAUUAAAAUUCUUUAUUUAUUUCCUUUAGAUCACAGACUAAACUGAACCGAUAGUUAUUCAAUAGAUAGAAUUUCAUACAAAAAUAUAAAAUUGUAAGACAGAUUAUAAAAAAAAAUGUGUAAAAUGAAUAAAACUGCUUGCAUUUGCUCAAUGUGGAGUAUCUAAGAUGUUUGUAAGCGCUCACAGUAUCCACCGUUCGAUUUAGCGUAUAAUUUUGUAUUUAUAAAAUCAUAUUUAAAGAAAUUGAAAAUAAAAGGGUAUGAUUUCAUGUGAUAUCGAA